UUGUAAAAAAUGUGUCAUCGGUCAUGUACUGAAAUAUGUUACGUUCCACUGCAGGGCCCCUUUCCACAAAGCGAUCUUAACGGUACGGCGAUCGUAAGCCUUUGUUUGAGAAUGUGAGCAGCACUAACAUCGCUUUGUAGAACGGACCCCAGGUCGAUGCGACUUUUGAUGCGUUGUGUGCUAUUAAUAGCGUCAUCGCUGUAUUGAUUAAUAUCCUAACGCUGCAUGAACAAAAGUAAGAAAGCCCCGUGAGUUGUACAUCUAUAUAUGGCAACACAAUACUACUCUGUGUCUACUUUCUAUACCCUACAAUUCGUGGAACCAUGAAUAGAUUUCAAGGAAAAGGAUCGGCCAUUUUUAAAGUCUUAGACUCUACACCUCCCAGCGAUGCACAGCCGUUUGCGGUAAAACAUUGUCACAACUCCAAUAUAAGAUGCGAAACCACACUCUCAGAGUAAGGCACCUAAUCGCCAGAACACAAAGACAUCGAUCUAACCCACUCAGGCACCGAUGCUUCCACAAAAUGGAAGUCUGACAACAUUACUGGUGGUGUAGAUAACAUACUUUGUGUACCCCACUGAUAAGUGUAAAUUGGCACGGCUCCGACGGCCAAAACCUAUACUAUGAGGAAAUUAGGGAGCAUGUAUCGACUGGGAUCACGAGGGUCAACUCUAAAGAUGAUCGACUGUACGGCAACAUCACACUAUUUAGACCGGAGAGCGAUGUUUGGGUCGUACCAGAUGAUUGCUGUCCAUUCCUGUGCUAUGAUGUAGACCUACAACUUCACAGGUACGAUGGACGAAAGGUCACUCUGUCCUCGCUGUGUCUGGAAAUAAUGAAGACGUGGGUGGAACGCUAUCAGGCCGUAAUGAAAGGAGGAUGUACUAUCAAGAUCCAUCUGUGGCUGGGAAACGCCAUUGUUGUGUGUGAGACAGACCUCCCUGAAGACCUCCAGUUUGACUUCAUUGAUACCUCCAACAUUGCCGACAAAGUUGGUCUUAUCUUGCUGUUGUUACACUGUCAAGAGAAACUGAAGCACCCAAACGGUGUGCUGCGGACGGAAAGCUUUUUCUGGAAUAAAGUCGUCUUUAUUUCAGUCAAAAACUUUCUGUGUCAAUGUUUGGACAUACCCGUGUCAUAUUACCCAACCAUGAUAGGUCUCCAUCUUGCUGAAGAACUCACUCUUGGACACGAGGAGCUUCUGCCAACUUACGGAAAUGAUGUACGUUCCAAACUCACGCUGAGAUGGACAGCAGCGAUAGCAAAGGAUACCAUUACAAAGCUCAGAGUAUUAACAGAUGGAACUGAUGCAGUGUCCAAAACUGUGUAUGCGUUGGAAAACCACACAAAGUUGGAUAAAAUACCAACAACAGCUCUUGACUUGAACUAUACAGGCAACAAAAUUUACAGAAGAUUGAUGGAACUUGGUGAAGAUUCAACGGCAGGUGAUGAAUACUUUGUUGUCGAGUUCCCUGACUAUUACUCGGUGAUCAUCUCAACAGAACCAGACGGUUCGGAGAAUGGGGCUUUCAAAGUUGGGAUUGUUGAUGGAGAUCCACAGGUUGUUAUGCUGCAGUGUAUCGAGAAAGGGAUCACAGUAAGACUACACUUGGCAUGCAGCAUCAGUCUCAACUCGACCAGAUUUAUUAGUAGGGAGGAUGGAACUGUUGAAUGCCGCCUGAUCAAGAACUCUGAUCUCAUCGCUGGGGAACGUGUACUUCCUUGGAAGAAGCUUGAUGUGAGCACUGUGGCUGAACUUGCUGAUUUCCCUCAGUCGAAAUACCGGGGAAGCACUUUAAAAACAUACACUUCACGUAUGUGGAUUACAGAUGCGACCUGUGAAUUAAUGCCACCAGAGAGGCAACUUGCGCACAUCGUGGAGUUCAUCUUUGGGGCAUCAUCAUCUAUCAAGAUCAAAUCAUCAAAGCCAUCCGGCAAGACUACCAACAUCAUAUUACAACUGGAAUGCUUAAAGAUUUAUGAGAAUAAGCCUACAAUGUUUUUGAGUUAUUUUGAUUUCGACAAGGCAAAACAUCUUGUUUCGCAAAAGAAAAUGAAUAACGAAGAAUUUCAAAUUGCCUACAAAAACUUUGAGCAUGCAUGUGUGGAAAUGGACGCUCCAUCACCCAGAGAAAUGAAAGAGGGUUACGAGUUGCUGGUGAAGAUGAUGGAAAUCAACUCAUACCGUAUGACCCAAGAUCAGCCUGAAGACAAGAGAUGGAUUUUGAAGACCUUCGUUAGAGGACGGUAUCCCUACACGGACCAAAAUACAUUCUGUAAAACAACGUCCCUUGCUCAGCUCUUCGCCACACUUGGUAUGGGGCAAAAGGCUGCAUCACGUACUACCUCAGACAGUGGGGCAGCUUCAUCGAGUAACUUGAAACAACUGUGUGCAAACUGCGGUAAGACAUCACCAGACUGUAAGAAAUGUGCAAGGUGUAACAAGGUAUCUUAUUGUGGCAAGGCAUGUCAGAAGAAGGCCUGGUCAGUCCACAAAGGAGUCUGCAAGGAAGAGGAAAAUAAGCACUCUUUGCCAUCUUGUGCUUACUGCGGUAAGACAUCACCAGACUGUAAGAAAUGUGCCAGGUGUAACAAGGUGUCUUAUUGUGGCAAAGCAUGUCAAAAGAAGGCCUGGUCAGUCCACAAAGGAGUCUGCAAGGAAGAGGAAAAUAAGCACUCUUUGCCAUCUUGUGCUAACUGCGGUAAGACAUCACCAGACUGUAAGAAAUGUGCCAGGUGUAACAAGGUGUCUUAUUGUGACAAAGCAUGUCAAAAGAAGGCCUGGUCAGUCCACAAAGGAGUCUGCAAGUCAGAGGGAAAUUAAGUUUACUUUGCUACUUGUUAUAACAGGAUCUCUUCUCAGAUUAUCAAAUUCUCCAACCCUUAGUUAAUCAGUUAGGUUCCACAAAUGACCUAUGACCGUGCUGUGUGCACACGACUGCAAAGACCAAUGCCUCAUUUUCUCAGAUUUUUAUAUAUCUAUCUUAUUAAUAUAUAGUUACUUAAACAAAGAUAUAUAAAGAUUUUGUAAAGAGGAAUUUUGUAUCCCGAUAAAGUAAUUGAUGCAUCUUUGUAGUUCGAAAUGUUAGUUGUUUCUAGCAUGAUAUGUAUUUGGUCGAGAACAUAACAUUGCAUACAUGUUUCCGAUUUGAAUAUAAAACCAUAUGACUAAUUCUAUAUGACACUCUUUAAAGUAUUAUAGAAAAUGUGUACCAGUUCAGUUUCAUGUAGAUGUGCUGCUGUAUUUAUAUAUUAAGUUAUGAAAUACUAUUUUAUCUGAAACUAUGAACUGAUAUUUGACACGGGUGAUAUAAAACCUUAUAUCCCGCUUCAAUGUUUUCAAAUUUAGAUCAAUAAGAAAAAAACACAUAAAACCCUUGGCAUGUGUCAAAUAACAUGCUUUCUCAUCUACUGACCGACUUCACUUGUCAAACUCUGAAUUUGACCGCCACCACAAGAAGAUUUUUUAAUAUAAAUAUACGUCUACUAUGCAAAGGUUAUUGGCAUUGAUGAAAUCAUCAAAUUGACUUCUUUCAAAUGGUCCCAUUGGGGAAUUGUUUUGCAUCAAAAAGGCCGAGAUAGAAAUAUCUCAUUUGAAGGUUUAUGUUUUCUAAUUUCUAAAUAGUUAUUCAAGCUUUCAUCGUGAAGAUCCGGAUUAGAAUAGGUCUUCAGCAACCCAUGCUUACAUAACAGGCGACAAUGCCUGUCGUAAGAGGCAACUUACGGGACCGGAUGGCCAGGCUCGCUGACUUGAU